AUGUUGGAAUAUCCAUGCUUGGAGAAAGAAAAAGAACAGAAAAAUAAGAGCGCAAAUGGUGGACAUGUAUACAAUCAUGUGUGUAUUCAUUUGAGGUGUGUGAUUUUGAGUAAGGAGUUAAGAAGAGGCAUGCAUGCCGCGCCAGCAAGAAAAAAUGACUUGAACCACAUGGUUUCUGUGCUUGCUGAUGACAUCCUAAAGAACGUAGAAUAUGAUGCCUUGAGGAUUGUUUUCAACAAGUUCCAGUCGGUUGUGUCCUUUGUGCCGACAGUGGCAACCUUAUUGUCUCCUGAGGUUGUGGAGAAAGAAGCUAAAUCUGGGGGAAAGCUUAGUGAGUUGGAUUCCUAUGAGAUUGGAGGUGACGAAACAAAGUAA